AUGACGAGCCUGGAGACUAGCCUGGCACAGUUUGGACAUCAACCUGCGCCUGCAACACCUGAGCCCUCGGGGGCCGAGCACAAAUCAGAGCCGGAAGAAUCUCAGGCAGAGUACGAUCCGAUGGACGUGGACCUCGAGGUAAUACCAGAAGAAGAAGAAGAACCCGAGGCAAAACCUGAAGAGGCCCCAGAAGAUGAGCAUGAGGAUGAGCCUGAAGAAGAACCGGUGCACGUACCCCCGUAUGAGCAAUGGAUUGAUGCCGAAUUUGUGCCAGAGUACGAGUCUGAUGAGGAGCCAGUCGAGGAGGAGCGGGACGAGGUUCCAGCUGAGUCGGGUGAUAUAGACCACCCGAUCGAGAUCAAGGCUGAGCCGGAGUCUUAA